AUGCGACUGCCACAGGCCGACGCAGACUCAGCGAGCAACAUGCGAUCCACCGCCACUGGCUGGAGACGACUCAGCGUUGGCGUCGUGGGCGGCGGCAUCGGCGGCCUCGCAGCAUCUAUUGCACUGCGUCGCGCAGGCCACGAGGUAACCAUCUACGAACGUCAUGAUUUCGCCGGGGAAGUGGGCGCGUCGAUCUCGUGCGCGGCGAAUGGAACGCGCUGGCUACAUGAGUGGAAGGUGGAUAUCGCCAAGGGGGACCCCGUUGUGCUGCGCAAGCUGAUCAACCGCGACUGGAAGACGGGGGAGCCUGUCAGCGUGUAUGAUCUAGCUGGGUAUGAGGAGCGAUGGGGGUACGUGUACUACAUGUUCCAUCGGCAGUACAUGCAUGCCAUGUUGAAGGAUUGCGCGAUGCAAGAGGAGGGGGAGGGGACGCCGGUGAAGCUGCUCGUGAACCAUCAGGACAUCAACCUCGAGACGGGGUUGAUCACCUUUGCCAACGGCAAGACCGCGCAGCAUGACCUCAUCGUUGGCGCAGAUGGCAUCGGCUCCGCCGUGCGUGGCAUCAUCGGUCUCAAGCCGGAGAAGAAACCCGCCGACUCGAGCUGUCUGCACGCCAACGUACGCACCGAGGACGCCGUCCGCCUCGGGCUGGUCGAUUACUCGCAGCACAGCGCGCUGGAGUACUGGGGCGGGCAGGACAACAGCUGGGACAAGAUCGUGCUGUCGCCCUGCAACGGUGGCAGCCUGCUCUCGUACUACUGUUUCUUCCCGCGGGAGAAGGGCGAUUUCACGAACCACACGUGGGGCGGCACGGACCGGCCGGUUGAGGAGCUGCUGGCGCCGUAUCCCGAGCUGGACAAGCAGGUUCGGGCGCACCUGGCGAUUGGGCAGGAGAUCCGGCCGUGGCGGCUGUGGGUGCAUCAGCCGUACCCGUAUCUGGUCCGUAACAUGGUGUGUCUGCUGGGCGAUGCUGGUCAUCCGAUGAUGCCGCACCAGAGCCAGGGCGCCUGCAUGGCUAUCGAGGACGCCGCUGCGCUGGGCAUCCUCUUCCGGCCGGACUAUUUUGACGGCAAUGUCGCCGAGGCGCUGCAGGCAUAUCAGGAGAUUCGACUACCCCGUGUUACCAAGGUCCAGGCGGCGUCGGCCAAGGCAGCAGUCAAUAUCAACGAGCGGAUUGGUUUCUCAAGCAACACCAAUAUCCCAAAAUACAAAGUGGCUAGCGAAAAGGACAAGCUGACGAUCGAGGAGAUGAAUGGAUACGACAUGUACAAGGAUGUCGAGGAGGUUCUGGCCAAACGCCGGGGAAAGCCGUUCAUGCAGCCGUAUAUCCGAGGUCUUCCCAUCGGAUUGAAGUUAUCGAAUGGCACUGUCGUUGGCCAGCAGCCGUCUGCUGAGGUGAAGCUUUGA